AUGGUUCGUGUAAAAAGUGGUGCUAACAUACGAGUUCAACCCGGAAAAAGAGGAAAACAGGCGAAAAUGAGCCAAAUUGAAGUAUUUCUUUUAGAUAUUUCAGCUUUAGAAUUAGGAUGGUGGACUACAAUCGUAGUGAGAGCAUUUAUAGUUAGCAUUUAG